CAUUUGGCGAUCGGAGCCAGCGCAACGGUUUAUAGGACCACACCAGCGACAAGGCUCAGCACAUAGAAUCAAAAGUAAAGGAGAUUUUUUUUCAAGAAAAGGAAAGUUAAAAAAAAAUGCAAGUGCUCGCUGGGAAGAAACGCGUGUGAAGUUUUUCAAAACUGUCCGGCAUCAUGAGCCGACUGUCGUGCUUCGGUGUUCUUCUCAGGGCGUCUAUUGUCCUAUAUCUGUUUCUCAAAUGCUCAGAAGCUCAAUGCACGCCCUGUACUAAUUUCAAAGGUGUUGUAACACACAUAGACAGUACUGAUCAGGUAGAUUCCAACUGCAGCUUGAGCACUGGCAAUGCCUCAGUUCCCUCCAACUUAACUACAGUCAAUGUCCCGAAUAAAAACCAAAACUUCAACUGCUGCUGCACAACAAAGCCUGAAGUCAUCAGGAACCUUACAGCCUCUGAAAUCACAACAUCAUCUGUGUCUCUGAGCUGGACUGAACCAUUGGGAAACAGCUCCUUCUACAGAGUAGAAUGGACUGGUGGCAAUACCAGUGGCAGUCAGAAUACCCCAGAAACCUCUUUUAAUGUUACUGCUCUCACUGCUGGAGUGCAGUACCUCUUCACAGUCACUGCAGUGGCUGGAGAUAACACAACUGUAGGACAGAGCAAGACAGUUUCUAAGUAUACAAAGCCCGCAAUCAUCAGAAACCUCAUGUCCACUGAAAUCACAACAUCAUCUGUGUCUCUGGGCUGGAAUGAACCAUUUGGAAACAGAUCCUUCUACAGAGUAGAAUGGACUGAUGGCAAUACCAUUGGCAGUCAGAAUACCCCAGAAACCUCUUUUAAUGUUACUGCUCUCACUGCUGGAGUGCAGUACCUCUUCACAGUCACUGCAGUGGCUGGAGAUAACACAACUGUAGGACAGAGCAAGACAGUUUCUAAGUAUACAAAGCCCGCAAUCAUCAGAAACCUCAUGUCCACUGAAAUCACAACAUCAUCUGUGUCUCUGGGCUGGAAUGAACCAUUCGGAAACAGAUCCUUCUACAGAGUAGAAUGGACUGAUGGCAAUACCAGUGGCAGUCAGAAUACCCCAGAAACCUCUUUUAAUGUUACUGCUCUCACUGCUGGAGUGCAGUACCUCUUCACAGUCACUGCAGUGGCUGGAGAUAACACAACUGUAGGACAGAGCAAGACAGUUUCUAAGUAUACAAAGCCCGCAAUCAUCAGAAACCUCAUGUCCACUGAAAUCACAACAUCAUCUGUGUCUCUGGGCUGGAAUGAACCAUUUGGAAACAGAUCCUUCUACAGAGUAGAAUGGACUGAUGGCAAUACCAUUGGCAGUCAGAAUACCCCAGAAACCUCUUUUAAUGUUACUGCUCUCACUGCUGGAGUGCAGUACCUCUUCACAGUCACUGCAGUGGCUGGAGAUAACACAACUGUAGGACAGAGCAAGACAGUUUCUAAGUAUACAAAGCCCGCAAUCAUCAGAAACCUCAUGUCCACUGAAAUCACAACAUCAUCUGUGUCUCUGGGCUGGAAUGAACCAUUUGGAAACAGAUCCUUCUACAGAGUAGAAUGGACUGAUGGCAAUACCAUUGGCAGUCAGAAUACCCCAGAAACCUCUUUUAAUGUUACUGCUCUCACUGCUGGAGUGCAGUACCUCUUCACAGUCACUGCAGUGGCUGGAGAUAACACAACUGUAGGACAGAGCAAGACAGUUUCUAAGUAUACAAAGCCCGCAAUCAUCAGAAACCUCAUGUCCACUGAAAUCACAACAUCAUCUGUGUCUCUGGGCUGGAAUGAACCAUUUGGAAACAGCUCCUUCUACAGAGUAGAAUGGACUGAUGGCAAUACCAGUGGCAGUCAGAAUACCCCAGAAACCUCUUUUAAUGUUACUGCUCUCACUGCUGGAGUGCAGUACCUCUUCACAGUCACUGCAGUGGCUGGAGAUAACACAACUGUAGGACAGAGCAAGACAGUUUCUAAGUAUACAAAGCCCGCAAUCAUCAGAAACCUCAUGUCCACUGAAAUCACAACAUCAUCUGUGUCUCUGGGCUGGAAUGAACCAUUCGGAAACAGAUCCUUCUACAGAGUAGAAUGGACUGAUGGCAAUACCAGUGGCAGUCAGAAUACCCCAGAAACCUCUUUUAAUGUUACUGCUCUCACUGCUGGAGUGCAGUACCUCUUCACAGUCACUGCAGUGGCUGGAGAUAACACAACUGUAGGACAGAGCAAGACAGUUUCUAAGUAUACAAAGCCCGCAAUCAUCAGAAACCUCAUGUCCACUGAAAUCACAACAGCAUCUGUGUCUCUGGGCUGGAAUGAACCAUUCGGAAACAGAUCCUUCUACAGAGUAGAAUGGACUGAUGGCAAUACCAUUGGCAGUCAGAAUACCCCAGAAACCUCUUUUAAUGUUACUGAUCUCACUGCUGGAGUGCAGUACCUCUUCACAGUCACUGCAGUGGCUGGAGAUAACACAACUGUAGGACAGAGCAAGACAGUUUCUAAGUAUACAAAGCCUGCAGUCAUCAGGAACCUGACUGUCACUGAAAUCACAACAUCAUCUGUGUCUCUGAGCUGGACUGAACCAUUGGGAAACAGAUCCUUCUACAGAGUAGAAUGGACUGGUGGCAGUAGAGACAUGAAUACAACUACCAAUGUGACAGCCUUUAAUGUAACUGAGCUGACUGCUGGAGUGAAGUACACAUUCAGGGUCACUGCAGUGGCUGGAGAUGAGAUGACUGAAGGCAAAAAUAUCAGUGUUUCACUCUUUACAAAGCCUGCAGUCAUCAGGAACCUGACUGUCACUGAAAUCACAACAUCAUCUGUGUCUCUGAGCUGGACUGAACCAUUGGGAAACAGAUCCUUCUACAGAGUAGAAUGGACUGGUGGCAGUAGAGACAUGAAUACAACUACCAAUGUGACAGCCUUUAAUGUAACUCAGCUGACUGCUGGAGUGAAGUACACAUUCAGGGUCACUGCAGUGGCUGGUGAUAAUAUAACUAAAGGAAAAGCUCAGGAGAAAGCACUCUUUACAAAACCUGAAGUCAUCAGGAACCUUAGUGUCUCUGAAAUCACAACAUCAUCUGUGUCUCUAAGCUGGAUUGAACCAUUGGGAAACAGAUCCUUCUACAGAGUAGAAUGGACUGGUGGCAGUAGAGAUAUGAAUACAACUACCAAUGUGACAGCCUUUAAUAUAACUGAGCUGACUGCUGGAGUGAAGUACACAUUCAGGGUCACUGCAGUGGCUGGAGAUGAGAUGACUGAAGGCAAAAAUAUCAGUGUUUCACUCUUUACAAAGCCUGCAGUCAUCAGGAACCUGACUGUCACUGAAAUCACAACAUCAUCUGUGUCUCUGAGCUGGACUGAACCAUUGGGAAACAGAUCCUUCUACAGAGUAGAAUGGACUGGUGGCAGUAGAGACAUGAAUACAACUACCAAUGUGACAGCCUUUAAUGUAACUCAGCUGACUGCUGGAGUGCAGUACCUCUUCACAGUCACUGCAGUGGCUGGAGAUAACACAACUGUAGGACAGAGCAAGACAGUUUCUAAGUAUACAAAGCCUGCAGUUGUCCGCAACCUCUAUGUCUCUGAAAUCACAACAUCAUCUGUGUUUCUGAACUGGACUCAACCAGAGGGAAACAGCUUCUUCUAUAGAGUAAAUUGGACUGGUGCCAGUAUUAGUCAGAAUGUCACAAAAACCUUCACUACCAUUACUGGGCUGACUGCUGGAGUGCAGUACUUCUUCAUAGUCACUGCAGUGGCUGGAGACAACACAACUGUAGGAGAAGACAGUCAAAUAAUCACUUCAACAAAGCCUGAACAACCUGUGGACAUUGUGGCUACGAGACGAGGAACCAGUUGGCUGAAUGUGACAUGGACCUUGCAUAACGGGAGUGUGGACUACUACAGCGUGAACAUAUUUAAUGCUGCUUUGAACUAUACAUCCAGCAAUACCACACAGACCAGGGAGGCCAGCUUCACUGGGUUACAGCCUGGGAGGGUUUAUGAGGUCACAGUGACUGCUGUAGCCGGAGGCUUUAGGAACCAGUCUGCUCAGGUCCAGUUAGCCACCAAUCCCAACCCACCUGGACCCCUCACCAUCACAGAGAGGACAACCAGCUCCCUCGUUGUCCAAUGGACAACCCCGGGUCUAAUGAUUGGAGCGCAAGGCAUCUCCUAUAACAUCAGCUACCAGCUUAAUGGGACUGGUUUAGGAGAGAGAAACCAGUCUUCCUCUACCACUAGUCUCAGCAGUAACCUGACCUCUCUGUCCUCUGGGACUUGCUACACCAUCACAGUGAAAACCAUGGGACCUCAGAAUCUAGAAAGCACCGGUGUUUAUGCAUCGGAAUGUACCUUACCCAAACCAGUGGUGAACCUCACAGCCACCCCGUUGUCCAACUCCUCAUGUAAGCUACAGUGGACUGACCCCGUGGAGGUUAAGAACUACUACACCUAUAGAGUCCAGUACAUAAAGGCUACAGGCCCUGUACUGAAAACAGUCAGUACAAACUUCACACAAGUCAAUGACCUAGAACCUGGGACUGGCUACAACUUCACUGUUACCACGGUAGCAGCAACGGGAAGCGAAGGAACUCCAGAACACACGUUCUGUAACACUAAGCCCAAUGUGGUCAGUAACCUCACGUUUGAGGGUCUGAACACAACCGCUAUCAGACUUUCCUGGCUCAAGCCAAAUGACCACAAACCAACCUACUCCUAUCUGGUGACCAUCUCCAAGAAUGGUUCUGUGGUAGAGAUCUCAACCAUGGUCGAGAUGUACACCUUCACCAAUCUCACUCCUGGGAAAUGUUAUAACUGCUCUGUGGUCACGGUCGUCCAAGAUGUUAAGUCUGAUUCAACGGAGACGAUAAUCUGCACAAAACCUGCGGUGGUGAAAAACCUCAUCGCCAUAGGAACAACCACCAACAUGAGUGUGACCUGGUAUAGACCUAUGGGACAGGUGGACAACUACACCGUUACUAUCUACAAAAACAAUGUGAUGGAAGACAACCGUACCAUCACCAACAACUAUCUAUCAGUUGUGUUCCAGAACCUGAAGCCAGGGAAAGUCUAUGUUGUCAAAGUGGCCACCAAUAGUGGACCACUCACUGAGGCACUAAAUGUUACAAAUGCAACGUAUCCCAACCCUCCUGGAGGCAUCAUGGUGGUGGACCAGACUACUGGUUCCAUCAACAUCAGCUGGGCCCGACCCCUGGACAUGGACCUAGGUCAGUACAGCUUCUCUGUGUUCCAUCUGGACCGGCAGAACCUGACGGAACACAACUGGACCCUCCUGAAGAACCUCCAGUCUGGAACACUCUACAACAUCUCUGUGGUAACUGUAGGGCCGUUUGACUACCAGAGCACAGUGGUGACGACGGCCAACUCUACCAGGCCCCAGUCUGUGAUCAGACUGAUUGAGGCAGGAAUCACAACCACCGGUGUGACUCUAGUCUGGUUUCAACCAGAGAGCAAACCAGGCUACACCUUCAGAGUGGAGGUCACCAACCAGUCUGUCACCACCAACACCACCAUGAAAACCAUCACCGGGGUACAGUCUGGGAGCAACUACACCACCAACAUCACCAUCACUGGGCUACAGUCUGGGAGCAACUACACCUUUACAGUGACAACACUCACAGUGGACGGCACCAUGGCAACCCCAGUGACGGUGUCUUAUUUUACAAGACCAUUCGCCGUUAGUGGUUUGGUAGCCUCUACAGUAAACACAACCACUGUGAAUCUGACCUGGACCAAACCACCUCAGUACCAGAGUGGUUACACAUACCGUAUCCAGACUGAGGGGUGCAUGUCCGCUCCCACAAACCGCACCACGGAGACAGGAGAGGGGGACCUCAUCUCAGAACUCACACCAGGAACCAGAUGCACCUUCAGUGUUUCCGUCAAGGCACUGAACAGCAUAGAGGGAGAAUCCGUCUCAACCUCUCAGUACACAAAGCCCGAGUCUGUCAAUAUGUUCAUCUACAACAAUGGUAGCAACAGUACCAUAGUGGUGCGCUGGGAAGCGCCCAGAGGAAACGUAGAGCAUUAUAUCGUCUACCUGAACAAGGUCCUUUUCUCAGAUUUGCUGAACUCCAGCAUUCGGUCAACAUCCUUCCUUAACCUGUCAGCUGGCAGAAGCUACACAGCCGUGGUGACCACUAUCAGUGGGCCCUUCAACGCCUCAUCAGAACCUGGAACUACAGCAACCUAUCCCAACCAGCCUGGGCCCAUCCUGAUCUUGGAGAAGACCACUAGUUCUAUCUAUGUGAAGUGGGGUGAAGCUCCUCUGAUGGCCAGCACCACCUUCAGUUACCUAGUGACCUACCUUUCAACGCAACUAAAUAACAAGACGGUCACUCUGACAAACACAAGUCACACACUGCCCAGUCUGUCCUCUGGAACACCCUACAAUAUCUCUGUGGCUACAGUGGGAGUGCUAGGGCUCCAGAGUGAGAAGGUCUGGAGCAGUUUGGUCACGACCAGACCAGAGAGUGUCCAGUCUCUCAGUGUAGUGACAGCAGAGGAGAACAUAACAUUGACCUGGAACAAGCCUGUGGAUCACAAACCAAGCUACCACUACUAUGUGAUCUGGAUCAACUCUGGGUUAAUCAUCAGUUAUACAACCACACUUAUGGAAGACCUAAUCAUCAAUCAAUUGGUUCCUGGUAGUCUGUAUAAUUUCACUGUGACAACAGAGACAGCUGAUGGAACAAAGGGAGCUCCAGUCUCAAACUCCAUCUGCACCAAUGCCAGCCCUGUGUUCAACCUGAAGUGUGACUCUCCUAAUGACCCCAAGGUGAUCCUGUCCUGGACCAAACCCAAAGGUCUGAACCAGGGCUUCCAGAUCACUGCUUCUGAAACCAACCAACCCGCCCAGGACCAGGCACACUAUAACACUAGUGGUGACUGUACGCCAACCUGUGGCCACACAGUCUCUGACCUUAAGCACAAUACAGACUACACCCUGACUGUAACCACACUGGGCUGUGGGAGUUCCAGCACCAUCCAAACCCUCACCUGCAAGACUGGCGUUAAUGCUGUCAUCGGUGUGGCUGUCGGGGUAACGAUUGGAGUUUUUGCCAUCCUCUUCAUCAUCACCAUUGCCUUAGUCAUCCACUGGAGGAGACAACCCAAGAAAGACACUUCAGACAUCCAGAUUCACUCCAUGAGAGCUAAAGUAAGCGUGGCCGUGAGGGUGGAGGACUACGAGGCUUAUUACAAGAGGCAGAAAGCAGACUCCAACUGUGGUUUCGCCGAAGAGUUUGAGGACCUGAAGCCAGUGGGAACAGCCCAAGCUACAACCAGUGCUUCGGCCAUGGAGAACAAGUCUAAGAACCGCUACAACAACGUGAUUCCCUAUGAAUCCUCUAGAGUGAAACUGUCCAUCCAUGGGAGUCCAUUCGAUGACUACAUCAAUUCUAACUACAUCCCGGGUUACAACUCCAGGAAGGAGUUUAUUGCGGCCCAAGGUCCGUUGCCCGUCACCGUCAAUGAGUUCUGGAGGAUGAUCUGGGAGAAGAACGUCCAGACUCUGGUCAUGCUGACACGCUGUAAUGAACAGGGACGAGUGAAAUGUGAGAAAUACUGGCCAUCUGAGACCAAGCACUUUCAGAAUAUCACUGUGACAACAACCUCUGAGAUCCCCCUAGAAGACUGGACCAUCAGGGAUUUUGAUGUAAAAAAUGUGAGGACAGCAGAGACACGCUCGGUGCGUCACUUCCACUUCACAGCCUGGCCGGACCACGGCGUCCCCGAGACCACGGAGCUGCUCAUCAACUUCAGACACCUGGUCCGAGAGCACAUGGACCAGUACUCACGCCACUCCCCCACCGUCGUCCACUGCAGUGCGGGUGUGGGUCGUACAGGUACCUUCAUAGCCAUCGACCGGCUGAUCUUCCAGAUAGAGAGGGACAGUAUGGUGGACGUGUACGGCACCAUCCACGACCUGCGCAUGCACCGGCCCCUCAUGGUUCAGACCGAGGACCAGUAUUUGUUCCUAAACCAGUGUGCCAUGGACAUAAUCCGAUCCAGAACUGGAACCAACGUGGACUUAAUCUACCAGAACACGGCUGCACUCACCAUCUAUGAGAACGUAGAGCCCAGGAAAGAUACAGCUAAGAAUGGCUACCAUAACACAUAGGCCUCACGUCCACUGCUCUGUCUCUCCCAUCCUCCCGUCUCAGUCAGACAGGCCUGUAGAGAAGGGUUUAGAAAAGGGAUGGUUCACGUCCACUGCUCUGUCUCUCCCAUCCUCCCGUCUCAGUCAGACAGGCCUGUAGAGAAGGGUUUAGAAAAGGGAUGGUUCACGUCCACUGCUCUGUCUCUCCCAUCCUCCCGUCUCAGUCAGACAGGCCUGUAGAGAAGGGUUUAGAAAAGGGAUGGUUCACUCUCACUGAUCAUGUUGCCUUACACUGUAGUCUUUUUUUAUUUGUUUAAAUCAAACUGGUUUUCUAGUAUUUAUUUGGUCACGUUUUAUGAUAGUUGGAAAAAUAACAUGGUAGAUAACGGUUUGUUGAGAGGAACAGAUGCACAAAUUCCAUCCAAAGACCAAUAAUGGAAUGUACAUCAAAUUAUAUUUUAGAGAAGGUAGUCGUUCUUAUAUUUCCUUAUUUGUCUAUUGCUGCUACUUCUGAAUAUCUGCUUAGUCUCUUCUUAUGAUUGUACUGCCAAUGUUGUAAGAAAUGAUGUGUAGUUAAACUGAAUGUGCCAUACCUUUGUAAUCCAAAUCAAAGCUUUAUAUAUUGAUAUAAUAAUGUAAUGCAGAUGUAGAUUAUUGUUAAAUGAGACCAAUGUUAAGUUGAAAUGUAUCUCCAGCUUUAGGUAUAGGAUCAGCACCCAACAUAACUGCCCUACGAAACAACCUCCCCUUUCUUCCGUGCCCUCUUUAGCUUUAGGUAUAGGAUCAGCACCCAACAUAACUGCCCUACGAAACAACCUCCCCUCUCUUCUGUGCCCUCUUUAGCUUUAGGUAUAGGAUCAGCACCCAACAUAACUGCCCUACGAAACAACCUCCCCUCUCUUCUGUGCCCUCUUUAGCUUUAGGUAUAGGAUCAGCACCCAACAUAACUGCCCUACGAAACAACCUCCCCUCUCUUCUGUGCCCUCUUUAGCUUUAGGUAUAGGAUCAGCACCCAACAUAACUGCCCUACGAAACAACCUCCCCUCUCUUCUGUGCCCUAUUUAGCUUUAGGUAUAGGAUCAGCACCCAACAUAACUGCCCUACGAAACAACCUCCCCUCUCUUCUGUGCCCUCUUUAGCUUUAGGUAUAGGAUCAGCACCCAACAUAACUGCCCUACGAAACAACCUCCCCUCUCAAGUCUCCAAUAAGUGGUGUAAUACAUUUGUAUUUGUAUUUUUAAGGAUCCCCAUUAGCUGCAGCCAAGGCAGAAACUAAUCUUCCUGGGGCCCAGCAAAAUGAAGUCAGUUAUACCAUUUUUAAAACAUUACAAUACAUUCCUUUUGAUGUGACAGGAUAAGUACAAUGCACUGUUUUAGAGGAAACGAGAACUACUCCUGACAAUAGGCCUAUGAAUGUAUUAUUUAAUAUUAGAUGUUCAAAGUCAAAUGUUAACUUUUUACUCCAGAUCAUUUUGAUAUCUAAACAAGUUUAAAAUGAGGAUUUUCGUGAGAACUUUUGUGCUUCCUACACCCUGUUCUGCACAAUGCACCGGAUGCAUUUAGGUUUUUACACUGUAGCUUUUUCAAUUCUCUUCUUGAUGUUUUAUUAUGGUUGCUGUAAAUAUUCUUAUGAUCAUGAGAAAUGAUUGCGAAACUGCUGUGAGAACCUGUGGUCCUCCUCCGCUGUUAAAACCCACUUUGUGCAAUAGCAAAUUUCCAUUCACACGUCAGUCUGUAAACUCAGCUCCUCUCUCAGUAACUCGGAGGUUACACAUUAUGAACCGUCUCCCUGCUGUUUGUUGUUUCCCUAAUGUGUGCUCUAUAGAAAGUGGUGCAUGUAAUGAUGUGCAUACUGUCUAUCUGUGGUGCUUCUAUCAUAGAAGCAGGAAAACAGUUUUCCUAUGAGGCGAUUUCCCCUUUUUCUAACUAUGUGGUUAUAUAUACUGUAUGCAUGGGCCCAGUCCAAAACCAACCUCUACUUCCUAAAGAACAGGAUUUGUUAAAUCCAUGACGGUAUUGGUUCUGCCUAGCUAUCUACACAAGUGACCACAAAGGCCUAAGGGCUAUGGAUAUAAGGGGUGUUUCUGGACAUAGGUCAUAGAUUUACUGCUGUGAUUGAUGUAAAGCCACUAUGCUGAUAUUGUUUUACUGUCUUUGUAUCACAAUGCACAUUGCUUAAGUUCUUCAAAGCACUUAUUUAUAUUGAUCAUAUUACUCAGUGGAGCUCAUAAGCAAAGCAGACUCCGCCAAUAGUCUUCGUCAAGAGUUUUAGGAUUUUUUUUACGAUGCUGUGUGAGAUACUAUGUGAUGCUUGCUGGUACAAUGCAAAUGAGGAAAAGGUUCAUAUUUUUGUAUCCUUCCAUUGGUCAAUACUGUGAUUAAACAUGUUACACUUUUCUCUCUA